AGCCUGUCGCCUGUGGAAGGUCACGAGGCUCUUUACUCUCUGAGACCCAAACGGCGCUACAACAACGCCGUAAGCUCCACUGCGCCAGACGGAAGCUUGGUCAGAUCCAGGUCAGUUGGAUCACACUCAUGCAGCCUCAGCUGCAACAAUUAUGUUGUAAAAAGUCUGCGUCUACAACUACAGGACCCUACCAGCUGUUCAUCAGCAAAAGGUCUUUGCUCAAGGAUUGACUUCAGUGCAGCCGAAAGAGACAAAAGUGGGCCUCCUGAGCUGGCCGACGAACGCCAUUUGUUGACCAUUCGGCCGCGAAAUGGAGGGGACCAGAGAGGAGUCUGGACAAUCAUCUCAUCGAACUGGCCCUAUGCGACCAAUUGA